UUAAAUUAAAGAACUGAAGUUAAAAAAUAAAAAGUCCACUAUAAUUAUAAUAAAAGCCUUUAUAAUGGCCCUAAUGAAAACAUUGUGAUGGAAAGAUCAAAUUAAUGUGGAGCAAAGUCAAUUCUAAUUAAAAGAAAAGUGUGAAAUAAUUAAAACUUGUAAUCAAAAUGUUACAAUUGAUUACUUCUACACCAUUUAAUUUAUAUUAUACUUAAAAUAAUCGAACGACUUGUCAUUAACAAGUCCAUUUAUAUAAAAUAAAGGAGUGAAGUGAAGUGCUUAUAAACCACAAAGCCCAUAAAACCCACAAAUUGCGUGAGUGUACCUCCUAAACCAAGAGUUUCAUGUGCGUGUCAAUUAAAAAUUUAACACUUAAAAUUAACGCAAUCAACAAUUUACUUUGGGUUUAAGGAGAAAAAGACGCGUUAAUUAAAUUGUAAGACCGUUGUGGUGUCUUGGUUGUCUUUCAUAAGUCAACCAAGGCCUUAACACGCAAUUUCACUCAAUUAAUCGGCUAAAUUUGUAAGGAGUACUUGCCGCAUAAAGUGUGUCGCUAUGUCGCUACGUAGCAAUAAUUUGAAUGCUCAAUCGACAUUUCAACCACAAUCGCCACAAUUGCAACAUCAAAAUUUCAUUCCAACACCACAAUUCCAGCAACAGCAACAACAGCUAUUACAACAACUGCAACAACAACAUAAAUUCCAGCAACAGCAGCAGCAAUUGUCUAAGUCACCACCCUCACAACUACAACUACAACAGCACCAACACCCACACCAGCAACAACAACAACAACAACAUCAACAUAUCAUCACAAAUAAUAGUCGCAGCAAUAAUUUAGCUACCUUAGUUGCUGCCAUUAACAAUGAAAAUUGUUAUCAACUGUCAGCAGCAACAACAGCAGCAACAGCACCGCCAAAUGCAAUAACACACAAUAGUCAAGGCAACGUAAAUACAAUUAAUUCGCCGCCAUCGUAUGCAGCAACUGUUGCUGCCAAUGGCAAUAGUCUAGCUGAUACACACAACAAGCCACCAACAUUUCAAUUUAUUAAUCAUUACCAAGCACAGGAAUUGGCAGCACCCAAUACUGUUGCUGAAAAGGAAGACGCUGAUGACUUGGAACAGCAGCAACAGCAAUUGUGUGUCGUCGCCAAAAUGCAGAAAUCUGUUACAAUAACAGUCACGCCACAACGUAGCAAUUCAUUGGAUUAUUUAAAUUUUGAGGAGAAACGACAGUUAAUCGCAUCCUCGCUGUCCUUAUCAGACAUAUUACAUUGUAAUCCAACAGCAGCUGCAGCCGUUGCUGCCAAGGAAGUUGCCGCUAAUGCAAAUG